CCGGCAACUCCCAGUCCCACCACUCCAGAACCCCAUCACCAUCACCAUCACCAUCAGAUAUCAAAACAUCCGACCAACUCUUCAUCCGACAUGGUGAAUCCACGAAGACCCUUCUCGUCCUCCGCCUAUGGUGGCUUCAACCCGCCGAUGCCCACGCUUUGGCAGAAAACCGCCUCCAAAUUACUCGGCGGGACGAUGUGGUUUUUCAUGUUCUAUCGAAUCCGGGAAGAUGGCCAACAGGUCUUCUUGGGAAGACAUCCGUGGGACCAUGGAGCUCACGGUGACAAACUGAUUCAAGCACAUGACUCUGAAGACAACAAGCAUUGAACCCGUUCAUAAACAAAACCAAAAAAAAACUCCUCCUGAACUAGAUCAAGUGUUUUAUCUUUCAACCCUUCGUCAACUUGUUGUUUCGCCCUAAAGAUUGUCAGAAAAAAAACAAUUCCACAUCCUUUCUUCCUCCGCUUGGUGCAUUUCCCUUCUCCAUCUCUCUAAUCUCUCCCUCUUGAGUUUUUCCUUGUUCUCCCUACAUAAUGGUUAACAUUACCGGGCUUGUAUAUUAGUCCCUACUAUGCCCUCCCAACAUAUAUCGUUAGCCAAGCUGCUGAGAGGCAAUUGAUAUCGUGAUCACCACGACGGAUAAAGUUGAAGUUGCCACCAGUCUAUAUAUUUGGUGCGCCGGGAGAGUUGACUCCAAUCUGAAUUUUGCCUUCUCUCGAGAAGGCCACAAUGUCUCGUGAUGCUUCGCUUGCUGAGUCAUAGCGGGGUCAUCA